GUUGGAGGAAAGGUGGUCAUUUUUUUGUUCUUAUUUUAUUCCUUAUAGGUCUCUGCUGCAUUCACAUUGAUGAAAUAUAGAUUUUGAUAUGGAUAUUUGGUCAAAUCUUUGGCGUAAAGUUAUAAUUUCCCGCUGCCCGGAAUACAACAUCCGAAUGAAAUAACCAACAGUCGAAUAACCAACGGCCGAAUCUAAGCCUAGACAGACGUCCCUUGCUGUAUGUAUGGUUGAAGUUUUGGCUUGUUAGCUAGCCAUGUCUCGCUUUACCAGUGCCUUCAUUGCAUCCCCUUAUAGGAGUGAUCAGGCGCCAAAACCAACUGAUAAGAGGUGGAGUAGGCCUCCAGAGGGCCCUGUUGUACCCCAGGAUGUGGAGAGGGGGCUGGGGCCAUGGAGUAAAGACCAGGGGCCACCCAGCUCAGACCCCCCUCUCCCCCCUCAGCUGUGGGGACCCAAACGGCAGCUAGGCCAGUCCAGCCCUGGACCCAGGGUUCCCAUGGAUACUGCGACUAGGUACAGGAUGACCAGCAGACAGCAGACAGGAACAGCUAUCCUGGUGCGUGGUUGUCGCAGGCAGAGUCCGCUCCCUCUACAGGGUACAGCUGUAGGGAGACUGGGGCUGUCAGAGGAGGAGGCCAAGGAGCAGAUGGAGAACGACACAGUGGAGUUGGUGAGACAGCUGGUUACCAUGCCGUCCAGAGACAGAGUCAAAGCUGUACGAGGUCUUCCUGUAAGUCUGGGGGAGCGCAGAGACAUCAGGUGCCGUGUCUUAGCAGGGAAGUUCUCCAGGAGGAGUCUAGAGAGAACGAGCUGCACUGACUGUUGGGAGCAGAUCUCACUGUCUGUUCGUAGGUGCAGCAGUGUGGUGUUUCUCAGACAGUCUCUCUCUCUGUGGCGCGGUUCUCUGAGGGAGAUCAGUGGAAGGUUUGGUUCUGCUGUCCUCUGCUACUUCCUGUUUCUAAGAUGGCUGCUCCUCUUCAACCUCCUCUCCUCCCUCCUCAACCUCUCCUUCAUCACAUUGCCAUGGGCGCUGCUUGGCACCGACACUCAGGGCGCCGGGGCAACUGCCGGGUUCAGGGGACUGGAGCUCCUCACUGGAGUGGGGUGGUUCAAUGUGUCCAUGCUGUACUAUGGUGUCUACAGCAGUGACAGUGUGCUGAGUGGAGGCCAGUCUAGUUAUAACAUCCAGCUAGCUUACCUCUUUACCAUCACCUCCUACAUGCUGCUGUGUGGAGCCUCAGUCAUAUACAGCAUGGCAGGGUGUCUCCAGACUGGUGUUGUGGCGUCAGGUGGAGCAGCUCAGAGACCUGGCUCUCUGUCUGGAAGAGGAGAUGACUACUGGAGACUGUUGUGUAGCUGGGACUUCUCUCUGCUACAUCACGCGGAUAUACACACACACAGGACCAACCUGUUAGUACAGCUAAAGGAGUCUCUAAGGGAGAGCAGAGUGGAGAGAGAGCUGUCUGUGUCAGACAAGAUGAGGGCCUGUCUGGUCCGUCUGGCUGUCUGGCUUCUGUCUGUCUGUCUGGCUACUGGGGCCUGUGUGGCUGUCUACUACCUCUGUCAACACAACCUGCAGUGUGUGGUAGCGUCCCCCAGUCCAGAGGAUGUCUUGACAGAGGCGUGGUCUCUGCUGCUGCCUGUAGCAGUGUGUGUCCUCAACACCUUCAUAUCACUACUCUACACACACACACACAGACUGGAGCGCUACGAUAGCCCACGUACACGCGUCUACGUCACGGUGCUCAGGAAUGCUAUGCUGAAGGUGUCUAUCCUAGCAGUGUUGUGUUACUACUGGUUAGCGCUGGUCCCCAGCAACGUCCCGUGCUGGGAGUCGUAUGUUGGUCAGGAUGUGUACCGGCUGGUCAUAGUGGACUUCCUCUUCUGUCUGCUGGGAUCCUUCUGUGGAGAAUACCUCUACAAUGUGAUCGCCACCAGGUGUGUUGUGAAGCCGGCAGAAUUUGACGUGGCCAGGAACGUUCUAGAUCUGAUCAACGCUCAAACCCUGGCCUGGAUAGGGGUGUACUUCUCUCCUCUCCUCCCUGUCGUUCAGCUCAUCAAACUCUUCCUAAUCUUCCACCUAAAGAAGACCAGUAUAAGGAGCUGCCAUCCUCCCAGCUCCUGGAGUAGGGUGGGUCAGAUGCAGACCCUCUUCAUCUCCCUCCUCUUCCUCCCCUGUUACCUUGGGACUCUGGCCCUGCUGGCAUACACACUCUGGAGUCUCCCUCCCUCUAGUGUGUGUGGUUCGUUCCAGGGCCAGGGCUGGGUGAUGCAGACUGUAGACCAGUGGAUAGACACACACUAACCCUACCUGUCAUGUCUCUGUCCCCAGUCUCCCUCCCUCUAGUGUGUGUGGUCCGUUCCAGGGCCAGGGCUGGGUGAUGCAGACUGUAGACCAGUGGAUAGCCUCCCUUCCGGCCUCUCAACCCCACUCUGCCUGGCUGGCAUGGAUCAUCAACGUUAUACUACACAGUCAAGUCUUCUACUGCCUCCUAACACUCAUAGUACUGGUGGUGAUGUACUGCCUGUGGCAGGUGACUCAGGGUCGUAAACGUCUCAUCAUGUCUCUACGGGAACAGAUAGUCAACGAGGGGAAGGACAAGGCCUUUCUCCUCAGGAAGGUACAGCAUCUACAGAGACAGGGAGCAGGCAGAUCUAGACCACAGGUGCACUUCGAGGAGGAGAGACCCACCAGGCCAGAGUCAGGGCAGCUUAGAGAAGAGGCACGUCCUCCUCCCUCCUUCCAACACCCCCCCAUGGAGGCCCCCUCCUUGUUCACCCGGCCUCCCUGGGACAGCUCCCCCAGGCUAGGUAGAGGCCAGCCCCCCAGCCCCCGUGGUGGAGCCAGCCCCAGAGGCAGCCCUGGUCGCGACCGGACCCCAGCCAGCAGGCAGGCGUGCUGGGUAGAGGAGGAGCGACCAGCCCCUCCCCCUCCAGAUCCACUGUGGCCAGUCAGGGGUAGAGGAUGGCUUCAGGGAAGGCCCCACAGGGGGCUCAGAUUGGAGCCGCUGCCUGCCCGCGAGGUACCCGUCCUGCCUGGGUCGGUGCCUGAGAGCGCCCCCCCUCCCCCACGGAGACCUGGGUCCAGCAGAGCAGAGAUGAACCAGGGACAACAUCAGUCCUAGCUAGACUCAGAGAGAGGAUAGGAGCCCACAUCAACUGUAGGGCUCAGACAUGGUCUGCCUCCAAAACGCCACCCUAUUCCAUAGGGCCCUGGUCAAAAGUAGUCCACUAUGUAGGGAAUAGUGUGUUUUCCCAGAAGAAGAUUUAAUUGCUAGUUAGUUGAGAUAAAGGGAGUUGUUAUAUUGUGUGUUGUCUUUUUGAUGAAUAUAACAAAGGUUUAAGUGCUAGUUAGUUAGUUGUGAUAAAGGUAGGUGAUCUUUAUGUUGAGUUAUGUUGAUAUGUUGGCAGGGUGUUGAUUAUUUUUGUUAUUCUAAUAUUUUAUAAGUCUUGUUCUGUAUCAGUUGAUUUUGAAUGAAAUUCUUUCUCAUCUGUAAAUAACAUGUUUGAGUCAGUCAGUCAGUCAGUGGCCGUGUCUGAAAUCUGGCUUGCCUACUACCAGGGUAGUAUUGCUGCUGGAGCUCAGAGGACUGGCUGGUAAAACUAUUUCUGGAAAAUGUAUUCUGAUCAAUUCUGAAUAAAUUAUAUUUAAAUACCACUAAAAUUCCAUGAAAAAUGAUAGAAUGACAAACCAAAUAAAUAUGUAGGCUACAGCAGCCUACAGGAAGGUAAAUGGUGGUUUCUUCCUGUAUUCUCUCUGGUGGUGGAUAGAAUGAUGAAGACCUAUAGGAUACAGCAGCCUACAGGAAGGUAAAUGGUGGUUUCUAACCUGUCUUCUCUGGUGGUGGAUAGAAUGAUGAAGACCUAUAGGAUACAGCAGUCUACAGGAAGGUAAAUGGUGGUUUCUAACCUGUCUUCUCUGGUGGUGGAUAGAAUGAUGAAGACCUAUAGGAUACAGCAGUCUACAGGAAGGUAAAUGGUGGUUUCUUCCUGUCUUCUCUGGUGGUGGAUAGAAUGAUGAAGACCUAUAGGAUACAGCAGUCUACAGGAAGGUAAAUGGUGGUUUCUUCCUGUCUUCUCUGGCGGUGGAUAGAAUGAUGAAGACCUAUAGGAUACAGCAGCCUACAGGAAGGUAAAUGGUGGUUUCUUCGUGUCUUCUCGCUGGUGGUGGAUAGAAUGAUGAAGACCU